UCUUCUUGAUGUAUUCUGUUAAAUCUGUGUUUAAAGUGUUUUAUCUGAUUAAGCACCGAAAUGCCAUGGAAACCUACGAAAAAUACAAUUAUCCAAGCACUCUUAGGGUGAAAAUUACUCACUCGGGUUUACCUUGCAUAAGAUGAGAGCAAAGACGUGCAAAAAUAUUCACCAGACAGACUGUGAGAACUGACUUCUCCUUAUCUGCACUUAUUAUAACUGCAACUCGCUCGGACAACAUAAACUUAAUUUAUCCUUUACUAAAACAAUUAUUACUAAUUGUUAAAAAUAGACAUACUUCUACACUGUAAGUACAAUGUUCCUUGAAGGAAAACGAGCUUAACUGCUGGUUUUCUGUAGAUGGAUAAAUAUAAAAGUUUUUCAAGAUAUUAAAAAUUAUUUUAGAUGUCUAGUUUGCAGUUUUUCCGCCAUCAAACUUGACUCUCCAUAGAAAAAUCUUUAGCUGUAGCAUAUAAAGAAAUCUUUGGAAUAUUUAAGCAUGAAAAGUUGGUUUUAGCCCUUACCAACAUUCAUAUUUCCCCCCAAUUAAUAACUCGUAUAACUUUGAAAAUGCCGAUUUCUAUCCUUUAACUUUAUUCUGGUCGCUCGCCAAAUCUUAGGGUAAUUUUUUUGUGUUACACCACCGGCAGCCAUUUUGUUUUUCUAAUUUCGGCGACGGCAGGAACAAAACAAUAUCGAGUCUUAUAAUUAUAUCUUAGUUUACGGAUAAAAGUAAAAAUUAAAAUGUUUUGUUAAUUUAAAAUGCAUGUUUAUGAAAUAUAACGCUUUUAAACAAACAAGUAUGUUUUUAAAGAGUUUUUCAGUGAUAGAACAAAGGAGGCGCGAGCGCAUUUUAGCACUUAAGCUAGCAAAGCUGUAAAGCCUCCACCUGAGCGUCAUCUUUCCUCAUUAUCUCCCAGACACGGAUGGAAAUAACCCGUCUCAGUUCGGAGCCGCCACCGCCUCCACCACCACGUCAGACCGGCUGUUCCUCCGUCGCUCAGGCCGCUGCAGGAGGACACUGCAGGGCGGGGAACGAGCGGUAGGAGCCCCAGCGGCGGUGCUGCGACGGCUGCUUUCAGCGUAAACAAGCCUCUUCUGCUGUCCUUGAUGUUCCUUGACAGCGCUAAGAGGAGCUUCAGAGAGGCAAUUUGUUUGAAUCUGACCCACAGAAAGGCAGCAUGAACCGCAGCAGAGGAAAAGGAGAAGGAAGCUUCUUCACCAUGUUUUUCUCGCUGUGUUUAAUUUGGACACAGCUGCUGAUCCCAGAGUAUUUCGCUGGCGGUCCGUUCCCGACUCACCGUCCGGGUCGCCACACUCUGAUCGCUCAGAGAGAUGCAAAUGAGCUGCCAGAGUCUCGUUCCCACCUCCACCUCCAUCGCCACCACCACCAGCAGCAGAACCAGCACCCGGCCCGGUCGACCCGGCCCGAGUCUCGGCUUCAGCAGGAACUCGGCGCCCGGCGGAGCUUGGACCUGCUGGAGCAGCUGCAUCAGGAUGUGGAGCCAGACCACUUCGGCUGGCGUGUUGUACCCGGGGAAUAUGUGGUUACCAUGUACUUGGCUGUGGGAGUGAGGAGGCUGAACAUCAGUCACCUCCUGUGGUUCCGGGACGGCGUAGCGGCGGCGCUCGGUGUCGCUCCUCAACACGUUCACAUCAACAAGCUGAAUGCCAGAAACGGCAUCGAGCUCUUCGUCUCCUCUGAGAGGCGGGACGUCUUCGAGCUCCGCCCUGCGAAGGAGGUCGUCCAAUCACUGAACCGUAGCUUCCUUCAUCACCAUCUGGCCGACUUCGGCAUCACGGCGGUCAAACCGGAGUGCUGCAGAAACAUCCCAGACUCUUCGCUUUCGUCUCCAAAGAAAAACGUCCUGCAGGACGAUCAGAGGGAUCACGCAUGGAGCAGAGAUGGCCUCUACAAUGUCGUCCUCUUCUUCACCUUCUUCCUCCUCAUCAUCACCUGCCUAAUGGUUUUGUAUCGAAUGAAGCAGAAAGUUCCUGUUACUGAGAAGCAGCUCAAAGCUCCGCCCCCCGACCACGUCGUGAGCCUGACCCUCCCCUCCGACCCCCACAAGAGGUCAAAGGGCACCAAGGUUGUGACGUCAGACAGCAUGGUCCAAUCUGAGCUCCCGCCAGCUGCAGCCACGCCCAUUCACCAGCAGCAGCCAAUCAGAGCCUGCCGCCGCCUCGCUCCUCCUGUCGUCCCUCUGCCCAGCCCCGUCCCUGUGCCAAUCAUCAAAACAGACAGCCACCCCCCGCCAACGAGCGUUCCCCCAGUAACAGGCGCUAACGAGCUGAAACCUUGUCCCUCCCCCUUCAGGAUGAAACCAGCUGCAGGCCUGCAGGAAAGACGGGGCUCUAACGUGUCCCUGGUGCUGGACAUGUCGGCUCUCGGAUCGGUGGAACCCCUCAAUGUUUCCGUGGUAACCCCCAGAGAGACGGCGGCCCGAGAGUACCUGCUGUCGGCCGGACGACCGCUGACACGGCAACAGCUUCGUGACGUCGUCAGCAACACGCACAAGCUGCACGUCGAGUUCGCUGAAAUCCCAAUGAAUUUUAUCGACCCUAAGGAGCUGGAUAUCCCAAACCACGGCACUAAGAACAGAUAUAAGACCAUUCUGCCCAAUCCUCACUCCAGAGUGAUCCUGAAGUCAAAGAGCUGCAAUGAUCUUCUGAGUUCCUACAUCAAUGCCAACUACAUAAGAGGUUACCUAGGCGACAGCAGGGCCUUCAUCGCCACUCAGGGCCCCAUGGUGAACACGGUGAACGACUUCUGGCAGAUGGCGUGGCAGGAGGAGUCGCCCGUCAUCGUCAUGAUCACCAAGCUGAAGGAGAAGAACGAGAAGUGUGUCCUGUACUGGCCGGAGAAGAGGGGGAUCUACGGGAAGGUGGAGGUUCUGGUGAACGGCAUCAGGGAGUGUGAGCACUACGCCACCCGCAGCCUCGUGCUGAAGUGUGGGAAUCAAACCCGCGUCCUGCAGCAUUACUGGUACACAUCGUGGCCUGACCACAAAACCCCGGACUCGGCGCUGCCGCUGCUGCAGCUCAUGGCUGAUGUUGAGGCUGAGAGACGCACCGCCGCCUGUGUGGGGCCCGUCAUCGUCCACUGCAGUGCUGGGAUUGGCCGGACGGGAUGCUUCAUCGCCACGACGAUAGGCUGCCGGCAGCUGCAGGUGGAGGGGGUGGUGGACGUGCUAAACAUCACCUGCCAGCUCCGAGCCGACAGAGGAGGUAUGAUCCAAACAGGUGAGCAGUACGAGUUCGUGCAUCACGCCCUGAGUCUGUACGAGGCGCGGCUGUCGGCUGAAUCCGGCCAGUGAGUGCCUGCCUCCCGCCGCCCUCUGACCUCCGACCUCGGCUGUUAACGGAAACGUCUCAUGAGCUUUGGAAGUUCUCUGCCACCAGGGGGAGACUCUGAGACUGAAGGGUGAUUUAGUGAGCAGAGACUGGAGAAGAAAAGAGGGGAAGGUAAACUUCAACACUCGGGAUGUACCCCUUCUUCUUCUUCUUCUUCUUUUUUUUGGCGCUCGAUGGACUUCUGUCGCCCAGCCGACUAUGGAUGGUUUUUAGAGAAACUGACUGGACACGUCUCUCUGUGUCUAAUAGGAUUUUAAAUUCUUUUGUAAUGUGAAGUUCUUCUCAGAAAACUAUUGGAAAAUGACUGUUACCUGGUUUAGUUGUAGCUGCUGUGGAAAUAUUUAUCCCUGUUUUUGCAAUUUACUCUGGAAUUUCAUCACAUGGAAAUCGUCUUGUUUAACAACAGGGUUUACAUUGAGAAAUGUUUUACAUUUUUGGCAUCUUUUAUCAUGUUUAUGUUCAUUCACUUUUAAAAAUCCAAGUGGGAAAUUGACAGAAUAUUAUCCGAAACGCGUCCAGGAUUUUACGAUAAUCAUUAAGUUGCCAGACAAUCCAAAACAUCAUUAAACCAUCUGAAAAUACAGAAGUGAAUGAGUUAAACUUUACCUUGUUUAAACGUUUUUGUGUUUAAAUGCUUUUUAAAAGGUUCAAAAUUAAGCGAAAGUGACUUUUUAGAAUUACUAAAUUCAUUUUUCAGUCAUGUUUUAUUUUAUUUUAUUUUUUUAUGACAAACUGACAAAAAACACUGAGGCACCCAGAUGGAAAAAGCUAGCUAUAAAAAGCUGAGUAGCUUUUUUGUGUCUGUCAUUUGUAACCGCAAAUUUCACACCAGUUUUCUGGAUGAAAUUCGUAUCAUAGGUCUUAAAAACAAUUCAUUAUGGUUUUAAAAAGUAUUCAAAAAUCUGAAAUUAUAGUUGGUGAAACCUGCAGAAACCCUGAAAAUGCACACAGUUACUACAUUUAAUCAUAUUUUCAAAUUUGCUGGCUCUCUUGUGGCUCCAACAGUGGAGAAACAAGUAAAAAUAAUGUUUACAUAAUGCCAGUUUUGUUUUUGUAACAUCAUUAAUUGGAACUUAUUGAGACAAUAAAUCAAAAUUCUUAUCAUGAUGAGGGAUUUUUACAAUAAAUGAUUAAAAACGAUAAAUUCUUCUAGAGUGAAGAAUUCAACUGCAGUAGCCAUCGUUCAACCUAUGGGGGCAGCACUGAGACGGAUUUAUGCAAAAUAUUCCAGAAGAAAACAAAUUUACACAAAAAAAGGUCGAAAUUUGAACAGAGACAUAAAGUUAUAAAACCCUAAAUAACCAAUAUGGGCAAUUUAAUGUCAAAAAUAAGUUGAUUUUAGGGUUAGUUACACUAAAUGUAACACAAAUUCAAAAUAACGCAUUUAUCUCAGCCUUCCCUGCAAUAUCGCCAGUAAGGCUACUUUCAACUACAAGUGGAUUUUAACGCAACUUUUACAGCGGGAUUUACUGAUGUCUGCACAUAUAUAUAUAAAAAAGAACUGAGUCGUAUAUAUUUUUACACAGUUAACUGAAAAUAUUGGCUGGUGCUAACCAAGGACUUAAACCAGUUUAGCACUGGAAACGGUUUAUUGGAUGACAUGUAAACCAAACCACAUUCAAAUUAGACAGUUUCUCCUGGGUGCUGAACUUUAGUUUUUGUCAGUUAGUCAUAAUAAUAAUAAUAAUAAUAAUAAUAAUAAUCCAGUUUAAUCUACUGGUUCUGAGCGCCUACAUGGAGCUUUUUUCAGCCAUAAAAUAAAUGUUUAAAGCUCCCAGUUGGAUAAUAAGCUUCUGCUGCAAAGGAAGCAAUUAGUUGAUUUUAGCUUUAGUAGCUCCGUGUUGUAUGCUUUAACGUUGAAGCAAAUAGUUGCUGUAGAUGACUCGCCUUUUUGAUGCAAUAUUUAGUUCAAACAAUUGCUAAUAAUGUUUGUAAAAUAUUUACUUUUUUACUCUGCAAUAAAUGCAGUCAGAGAGCCAGAGCUGCAUUGGUUAAAAAUAAAAAAUAAUGAAACAUUUGAUGGUAGAAAAAAGAUGUUUAACGAAACAAAAUGGAUAGAUCUCAUAAAAAAGUUUGGUUUUGUUUCCAUCCAAUUUUCAGACAUAAAAGGAGAAUAUAAACUAUUAUUAUUAUUAGAAAAUGGCCGCUUCACUUUAGUUUUUUAUCAUCUGGUUUUAUCCCAGUCAUGUUUAUUCAUCAGAAACAUCAGAUUUGAUUUGCUAUUUUUUGUAAUAAAUCCAGAAAAAAGUCAAAUAAAAUCCACCUAAAUAAAAAAAAACAUUAAAUAUAUAUAUAUAUAUUUUCAUCAACUUUUCCGUGUUUAAUUCUUAAAAAUGUUACCUUAAGAAGUUAAAGAUGUGCUCUCUAGACUUGUUGCAUUAUCCAUAUAACUACUGUUAAAGAAAUAUAGUUUAAUAAAAAUCUUUACACUCCAACGGUGAUGGUAACCCCGCUUUAAACCAAAAAAUGUGAAAUAAUCUGAAGCAGUGGUGCAGGAUUUUCAUCAGUGUUCUGUUGUAAUACAUUAUUUUGCUGCGUCAAAGUAAUAUGUUUAUUUUUACAUGUUUUUAACCAUAUUUCUUAACCAUUUUUUCAUUCUACAAACCUAAUUUUCUUUGAUAAGGUUAGCAAGAGCCAAGUGGAAACCCAUAUGUAUCAAAAUGAGGAGAGAAAAAACACAUAUAAACAAGUAAAUAUGAUCCAAAGUGUUUCAAUUAAGAAAUUAUAAAAAAAAAAUAAAAAUGUAAUUGUGCAUUUUAGAGCAGAUUGUGAUGAAGCUGAAAUAUUGAAAUGUUUUAUGUUUGUUUCCAGUGUUUCAUGGAGCUUAGAUUUCUAAUGUAAUGCCAGUAACGAAGAACAUGAGCUACUCUAGCGUCUGAUUGGCUCUCUGUGUGAACGGGACCACCUGUACAGUACCUGUACAUAUAAGUGCUAUUAAACUUGUGUGUGGAGUUGAAUUUCAAUCCAUUUGCCACAAACACAAGUGUCUUGCUGCUAAAACUGGGAUUGUUGGGACCGAAUUAGACAGACCGCAAAGAAGAAAAAAACUUUUUCUAUGUACAGAUAUAUUUUUAUUUACUUCUUUCAUUAUGACACAAUCAUGGGACAUGAAACUUUGGACUACAAAACCCAGCCUGCCUCCUGGGAACACCGUCAUGCUCUCUUUUCACUUCGGGCUCAUUCAGGGACCGGAUGGAAAGUCAGACGUUGGAGUAACGGCCCUGACCGAAGUGAGAGUGAGUUUAUCUCAGCGCCCCCUGCAGGAGCUGGUACAACACACACUGCCUCUGACGUAGUAUUGUGUCUGUAUACUAGGAUGUGGUACAUGUUGUGUACUUGAGGUUAAAUGGACCCUAAAUGGUUUGAGUUGGAAGAGAGAAUCAAUAUAGUUAUAAAUUAAAGCGGCCGGGAACAUAAAUGUUAACGAGUUAGCAUAUUUUUAAAAUUUUAAUUAAACUUUCCCAAACUACAGUUGAUUUAUCGCAACUCGUUUGACAAAAACAAACAUUUAGGUUCUCGGUUUUAUGAAAAAAGGAAAGACAAUUUCCAAAAGUACUAAAAUGGCACCAUGUGCUUAAUUUGUUGGCCUUUUCACAAAUUAGCCUCUUCUGUUGCGAUCCAUGUUUGUCGAUGAUGACCAGCUAAAUUUGUUUUAUUUUUUUUACAAUUUUUUUUAAUCUGAUCCUGUUUUUGGUAUAACCAAAUUAUUUGGACUAAGACUUAAAAAGUGACCCAAAGUCAACAGAAAUUUUAUUAUGAAGCUGUGAAAGGGAAAAUAAAAUAUAACUAAACUGUCCUUUCUGUUCUAAUUUGGCUAGUUAAAUUAAAUCAGAUAGAAACAAACAAAAACGACAGCAAAAAAAGCCAAACCAAACCUGGAAACUAGCCUUGAAAUCAAAAGCUGUUGAAGGAAACUCUGCGAAGCUGGAAACAGUUGGUUUGAUCUGGUUUAAACCGGUUUGAGCUAGCUUCUUUUUAGCGAGCGUUGGCUAACCUAAGAACGGAUUUGAUCAACUAUAAAUCAGUAAUUGUGCCCAAAUGCACAACUCUUACAUAACUAAUCUAAAACGUUCUCUGUAGUGUUUUUGAGCAUCUA